AUAAUUAGGAAUUUCAAUUGCUUCUUUUCCUACAUCAAUAAAAUAAAAAAGUUAAAAAAGAUAUGUUCUUUUCUCUACUUCAAGUUCAAGUCUUACCCACUUCUGAAAAUUUGCUUCUGUUUCUUCAUAACUUUGAAGGCUAAAGCUGCGCGCUUUCUGGAAGCAUAAAAUUAAAAGAGAUGGAUCUGCAAAGAGUGAGGUUGUUUCUCUUUCUGUGUGCUCUUAUAGUGAGUGUUAAAGCUGGGGAUAUAGUUCACCAUGAUGAUAAAGUUCCCAAGAAACCUGGUUGUGAAAAUGAUUUCAUUCUUGUGAAAGUGCAAACAUGGAUUGAUGGCAAAGAAGAUGUAGAAUUUGUUGGUGUUGGUGCCAGAUUUGGUACCAGGAUCGUAUCGAAGGAGAAGAAUGCUAACUACUCACGUCUUACUCUUUCUGAUCCUCGUGAUUGUUGCAGUCAGCCAAGGAACAAGCUUGCCGGAGAUGUCAUUAUGGUACACCGAGGUCACUGCAGAUUCACCACUAAAGCAAAUGUUGCAGAAGCUGCUGGUGCUUCAGCAGUUCUCAUCAUAAAUGACCAAAAUGAACUUUACAAGAUGGUCUGUGAACCAGAUGAGACCGCUCUUGAUAUCCAUAUCCCUGCAGUUAUGCUCCCUCAAGAUGCUGGCAGAACGUUGGAGAAAAUGCUAUCAAAUAGUUCUUCAGUAUCUGUUCAGCUAUACUCUCCACGGCGACCAGUCGUAGACAUUGCCGAAGUAUUUUUAUGGCUUAUGGCAGUCGGUACUAUCCUGUGUGCGUCAUUUUGGUCGGCCUCGGGUGCCAGAGAAGCAGCUGCUGAACAUGAAAACCUAUUAAAAGAUGCUUCGGAUGAUCUCUCAUAUACAAGCUCUGGGGGUGUCGUGAACAUCAGUACCACAUCAGCACUAUUGUUUGUUGUUGUAGCUUCAUGCUUUCUUGUUAUCCUUUACAAACUGAUGUCAACUUGGCUCAUUGAGCUUUUGGUGGUGCUUUUUUGCAUUGGCGGUGCAGAGGGAUUACAAACAUGCUUGGUUGCUUUACUAUCAAGAUGGUUCAAAUUGUUUGCGCACUCAUAUGUAAAAGUACCUCUAUUUGGAGCUGUCUCAUACCUUACUAUAGCUGUUUCACCAUUCUGCAUCACAUUUGCCGUCCUCUGGGGAGUUUAUCGAGAUCUCCAUUUUGCUUGGAUUGGUCAAGAUGUGCUUGGAAUUGCUUUGAUAAUGACAGUUAUUCAGAUCGUUCGGAUUCCAAAUCUUAAGGUGGGUACAGUUCUUCUCUCUUGUGCCUUGUUGUAUGACUUAUUUUGGGUAUUUCUUUCGAAGAAGCUAUUCCAUGAGAGUGUGAUGAUUGUGGUAGCCCGUGGUGAUAAAAGUGGGGAGGAUGGUAUUCCAAUGCUGCUAAAGAUCCCACGCAUGUUUGACCCGUGGGGUGGCUAUAGCAUCAUUGGUUUUGGAGACAUCCUUUUACCAGGAUUACUAAUAGCUUUUUCUCUCAGGUAUGACUGGUUAGCAAAGAAGAGUCUUCGAGCUGGAUACUUUUUGUGGACAAUGAUUGCCUACGGAUUAGGUCUUUUCAUUACUUAUGUGGCACUAAAUUUGAUGGAUGGACAUGGCCAACCUGCCUUGCUUUACAUUGUCCCUUUUACUUUAGGCACAUUAUUUAUGCUGGGAAGGAAGAGAGGCGAUCUCAAGAAGUUAUGGACAACGGGUGAACCCGAUAGACCUUGCUCUCAUAUGCAUCUGCAAAUGUCUGAUGAAUGGAGUGAAGAAAGAUAAACCCUUGAUCAUUAAUUGAAUAUGAGAGAAAGAGACAAUCUUAAUAUUAUGUAAUUGCACCAUAGUAUUAUACAGUAAAUCACUAAUUGUUAUAAUAUCCUUGAAAUUCCAAAUUCAACAGAGGUGUGAUUAGGAGAACACCCUUUAAUUUUCUAUGGCCUAGGACCAGGAAAGAAUGUAAUGGUCUGCCUAAUAUGCUAGAUUAGCUAAUGUUUAAUUUGUAUAUUUUUCACGAUAAGCCGUGUGUAAGACCCCGCUAUUGUGUGAGUAAUAGAGAUGAAUUUAUUCCUGUGA